CCACCAGAGAAAAAAGUUCGUGAGCCGUUCUCGCGAGCCAUGAAAGAUGAGCCAAUCUCGAAUGAGCAACGACUAAAGGAGCUGUGGCAUUUGUUGGAUCUACUGGAGAUUGAAUACAAGAAAACGACAGAUCUCCACACACUCAUCUCAUCUGUAUCAGAAUCGUUGACAAUGGUUUGGAAGAAGCGAGAUCCAAAGUCAGAAUUGGCGCUUAAAGGGCUGCUUCUGAUUCUCGAGUACUGUUUGAGUCAUGUGUUUGAUGGACACGCUGUGUUUGAAGUUUUUGUGACGUCGUUGGGAUUCAAUACGGUCAUUUUUUGGAAACACUGCGCCGGCUACAUCUUCGACUCAGACUUGGGUAGAGGUACCAAAUUCCGUGAUGCUCUUCUCUUCUCGCUGACACUUUACGAUGUGAAUACGGGCAAAAAUCGAUUGAGAGAACUCUACGCAGCCGUACCCGGUAUCCGAAAGUCUCUACUUGGUGUAAACGCCAAGCAGUUUGGAGAACGAUAUCAUCAUCUGCAGAAACGGUUGGCCAAGUAUGGGUCGCACACUUCGCUGUGUAGUUUGACGAGUGAAAGUGAUACGGAGGAAGCACUCCACAUCAAAUCCGGCGAACAUUCUGAAAAUGAAGAAGAGGAUCCGAAGAAACCACGAAGCGGUCUUGCAGACCCCCACUUUCAACAACGCGUUAUCAACGUCUCCAAUGCUCCACCAGUCUCCUUGAAGCGAGAAAAAACUGGCGACUGGGAGAUCAAACAAGGAUCUGGUGGUCUUGUGGCGUGUGUAGAUCCAGUGAUGUCUAAAGAUCAUGAGAACUUGUGGCUGGCCAAUUUGGGAAUGAAUAUCAAUGAUAAGAAGAAUAAGAGACCCGGCUCCAUCGCCUCCAUCCCGGAAUCCCUAUCCUUCCCAUCCACCAACACCCUCGGUCUUCCACUUAUCAAACAAACCAUCGCUGAAGUCUUCUUCCACGUACUCGCUGACGAUGAUAUGGAUGCUCCGAAGAACGAGAAACAAAAGAAGGCUCGAGAAGAAAUGUCUCUUCUGGGUGUCCUAAACAAUUAUAAUCGCGGAAAUUACAAGCUGAAUCCAGUUGUGGUCCAAGAAGAAGACUACAAUGUCUACUAUGGUGGCAUUAGUAAUGGACUUCUGUGGCCAGCACUUCACAAUCUUCCAGAAUACAUUGUCAGUGAGUACAACGAUGAGAAGGUGCUCCGUGCUCACUGGUGUGCGUAUGUCAGAGUCAAUUAUCAAUUUGCAAUUGACGCAGUUAGAAAUAGUAGACCUCAAGACUUCAUCUGGAUUCAUGACUACCAUUUGAUGCUUGUUGGAAUGAUCAUGCAAAGUUUGGAUCAACAUUUGGAAGUUGGAUUCUUCCUUCAUAUUCCAUUCCAACCACCAGGAGAGUUCUUCUCCAAAUAUUCUACUGUUGGUUUUGCAGUUCUUCGUGGUCUUUUGAGAUUCACCAAAGUUGGAUUCCAAACUCAUCGUGAUCGUACCAAGUACAUCGAGUUGGUGCAGCACUAUUUCGGAACUGCAAAGAUUGUGUACGAUAACAAAAUGGACAUUUAUUCGGUGACCAACGAGGGAUGGACCUGUUCUUUGGGUGUCUUCCCCGUAAGCAUUAAGAACGAUGACUUUUUGAAAUUUGUGGAUCUUCCCGAAACUAUCAAACUCAAAUCUGACAUUCGUAAACGUGUGAUGGGAGAGCACCCAGCGCCAGACGGUCGCUUCUUUUUCUCAGUGGAACGAUUCGAUUACACGAAAGGAAUCAUGGAAAAGCUUCAGGCUUAUCAAAGAUAUUACGAGAAACAUCCGGAUAGAAUCGGCAAGGAUGUUCUCUACCAAAUCGCGGUGACUAAUCGAAGAAGUGUGGACACUUAUAGAGUCUAUCAAGACGAGUGUAUCGAUCUAGCGGAGAAGAUCAAUGAGACCUUCAAGUCAAAGGAGAACCCCAACUGGAAACCAUUGAUCUUCCAAACCGAUGGAAUGCAACGGAGCGAACUUGUAGCAGCCUAUCUAGCUAUGGAUAUUGGAGUUGUGACCCCGAAGAAAGACGGCAUGAAUUUGGUUGCUAAGGAGAUGUUGGUUUGCAAUCCAAGAGCAGGACUUGUGCUCUCCACUGGCGCAGGAUCUGAGAUUCAAUUCACUACUGCAGGAUUGUACACGGAUAAGGAGAAGAAUUAUCAUAGGAUUUCAAAUGUGUUCGAUGCGGAUUCCUAUUGCGAUGCCUUCUACGCAGCGGCACUGGAGCCGGAGGAUAAACGAGCGGAGCAUGGAAAGAGACUGCACGAGUUUAUAAUGGCCAAUGAUAUUGAGAGAUGGAGUAGUGCGUUUUUGGAUCCAAGUUGGACCCAUGAAGUCAUUCGACCAACUCAGAUCGACACCCUCGAUGAUUUCUUCUCACUUAUGAUGAAAACUCGUAACGUGCGUCGGCAGAUUGUCGGUCGUGUCCUCAAGGGGAUCCCAAUCCGUUCCCAUUUUGCAAUCUCUUUGAGGAAUGCCAAAGAAUCAUUGGAGCAGAUUUGCAAGCCUGGAACUCAUACCGCCGAAUUCAAAUCUGGACCCGAUUCCACCGAAGUUGCUCAUUUCGAGAUUGAUAAUGAGUUGCAGGAGUUUGAGCGCGAUUUGUCGUUUAUCGAUUAUGUGCAAAGUGAUGAUGCGGAUAAUGUGGAGCAGUUUGUGGAUGCCGUCGAGUUGCUUUACUCAGCCGACCAUUUCCACUAUUUCUUCACCGAUAGGGAUGGAACAUUGAAAAGUUAUUCGUGUAGUUAUCCAUCCAGUAUUCAGCCAGCAUAUUCUGGAGUUAUUCAGGCCCAAUUUGCUCGUCGGUGUGCUCAAACCUGCGUUAUCCUUACCACUGCUCCACUAAUGCACAUAGGAGUCCUUGACGUCUCCACAAUUCCAAAUGGUUACUAUUAUUUCGGUGCAUCCGGUGGACGUGAAUGGUUUAUCGAUUCUGGACACAAUUUUAAGGACGAAUCGAUUAUGAAAGGAGAGAAGGCUGAUGUAUUGGCUAGUGCCUACACUCGAAUUUCUCAUCUUCUCGAGGAACCGGAAUUCCGUCAAUUCUCUUGGGCUGGUUCGGGUCUUCAGAAGCAUUAUGGUCACUUAACAAUUGCUUUCCAAGACGUCUAUCGUUCAAUAACCGAAGCUCAAGGCAAACGAUUGUAUGAAGAAGUUGAGAAAAUUGUCAAAGACGUCGAUCCCCAAGGUACCCGUUUACAAUUGGCUAGUACGGAAUUUGAUAUCAAGGUUUAUAUGAAGACUGAAAUUGAUGGACGUGUUUUCGACAAAGGAGAUGGACUCAGAAUGUUGUGUGAGAAAAUGCACUGUGAUUUGACGGAAGGGAACGUGCUUGUCUGUGGAGACUCAUCAACGGAUAUCCCGAUGCUCAAAGAAUGUCUGGUUCGGAACCCAAAAGGGGUUUAUACUAUUUGGGUUACUGUAAACGAUCAGUUGAAAGAGCAGGUCCGAGCUCUCUGUGCCUCCUAUUCAAAUACCAAUGUGGCAUUCGUCUCAUGUCCAGAAGUACUUCUCGGUGCAAUGGCUCAGGCCACAAUUCGUGAAAUCACAAUCACUAGAACCCGUAAAUUAUCCCGGAAUGUCUAA